AUGGAUGUCGUUCUGGAUAAAUACGCAAAUGCUACUGAGCUCUCAGCACCUACACUUGGCAAUCAGACAGCCUGGCAAAGAGGGUCUGAAGAGGUGCCACUCGGAUGGGGGACCCUCUGCACCGUGUAUGUUACAUACGCCACCAUUAUUUCAGUCGGUCUUCUUGGGAAUGUGGUCCUGAUUAAAGUCUUCUUCAAGAUCAAAUCAAUGCAGACCGUCCCGAACAUUUUCAUCACGAGUCUGGCUUUUGGGGACUUGCUUCUUCUGUUAACGUGUGUGCCAGUGGAUGCUGCUUGUUAUGCGGUGGACACCUGGCUCUUUGGAAGGAUCGGCUGUAAGCUCUUGUCGUUCAUUCAGCGAACGUCUGUCGGAGUAUCUGUGUUUACUUUAACGGUGCUCAGUGCUGACAGAUACAAAGCGAUUGUGAAACCUUUGGAGCUGCAAAGGGCCGAUGCAGUCCUGAAGACCUGUGCCAAGGUGGCUUGCGUCUGGAUCACCGCCAUGCUCCUAGCUGUCCCCGAGGCCAUAUCCUCUGAUCUGUAUGCCUUCCACAUUCCCGAGAAAAAUGGCUCCUUUGAAACCUGUGCACCCUACCCAGUGUCUGAACAAAUCUUACAGGAGGCCCACUCUCUGGUGUGCUUUUUAAUAUUCUACAUCAUUCCACUAGCUAUUAUAUCAAUCUACUAUUUUCUUAUUGCCAAAGCACUGUACAAAAGUACUUCCAACAUGCCGGCAGAAGAACACGGCCAUGUUUAUAAGCAGAUUGAAACCCGGAAAAGAGUUGCCAAAACCGUGCUGGUCUUAGUUGGCUUGUUUGCCUUCUGCUGGCUUCCUAACCACAUCCUUUACCUGUAUCGCUCGUUCACCUACCAUGCUUCAAUAGAUACGUCUGCAUUCCACCUGGUUGCUACUAUCUUUUCCCGGGUUCUGGCCUUCAGCAAUUCUUGUGUCAACCCUUUUGCGCUGUACUGGCUGAGUAAAAGUUUCCGUCAGCAUUUCAAGAAAGAGGUCUUGUGUUGCAAGGCCAAGGUCCCUGCACGACGAUCCAGCAUCACUCAGAACAAUACGCCUACCAGAGCAAUGUCAGUCACAGGCUCAGAAAUCAGUGUUACUCUGCUAACAGAUUACAGCAUCACGAAAGAAGAGGAGAGUGUGUGA